AUGGGCCAACCCAUUCACGUCUCUGCUCGGUAUCAUCCUCUACAUCCUCCUGAAUUGGAGUUACACCACCGCCGUCUUCCACCCCCUGGCUCUCCCAUAGACCAAGGCGGGUCAGCGGGCUACUCCUCACUUCCUACACACGAGCCCCGCCACAACGAGAGCCAGUCGUUGACCGUGAAAUCCACGGGUAUAUGGGUUUGGAAUGAGGCGCUCAAUGAUAGCCGAUACGGAGAAGAUUUGACGCCCAUCAAUUAUAUUCUACUCUGUGUGAUAUCUGGAAUUAUCGGCCUGGUCCUGACCGGCUUUACUGCGUGGCAUAUCAGCUUGGCAUACAGGGGCAUGACUACUAUUGAAUGCUUGGAACAGACUAGAUACUUGAGCCCAUUGCGGAAGACGAUGCGGAACCAGCGAUUUGGUCACGAGAACGGAAUGGGUGGACAAAAUUACGGGCAACAAUUGGCGGAGAUCCAUGCGAAUGCAGUGCCAGGGGUCACACGAGCGGAGGAAGGAGAGGUGAUGCUACCUAACGGACACUCAGAAGGUAUAAACGGGUCGGGCGCGUACAACUCGCUGCGAAAGCAUUAUGCUCAAAUGGAACAGUCAAGAGAAAGAGUUCGGUACGAAGACUAUCUUGAUGAGAAAGAGUCGGAAAACCUCCCAAGUGCCUUCAAUCUUGGCUGGAGAAGAAACAUGAAACAUCUAUUUGGUGAAAGGCCAUUGUUAUGGGCCUUGCCUAUCUGCAACACUACAGGAGACGGAUGGAAUUGGGAGCCUAGCCACAAGUGGCUCGAAGCCAGAGAAGCCGCCAAGAAGGAGAGAGAAGCUCAGCCCCGAGAUGAUCAGGCGUCCGAUGCUGAUCAGGAGGAGCUGGCUAGCCGAGGCAGGUGGCAUGAUCGAGUCACCUCUCAGCGACACUAUUUCAGCCCAGAUGGUAGCCCGUCGAGUCGUAUGUCAAUGCAGACGCUGAGAAGGAAAAGCAGCUUUGAGGAUCAGCCGCUGUAUGAUGAUGACAAUGAUGAUGAUAACAAGAGCUCGAGCGACCAUCCCAUCAGGUCGCAUUCGCCAGCGAAGAAUGUUCGGAAGCAGGAUUGA